AUGAAGGCAUAUUUAGCGUUUGCAGUUGCAGCAGUAUUGUGUGGCGUACAGGCUAUGCCUGCAGAAAUAUCAUUGUUAGAGCGUUUGGAGAAACUAGAAAACACGGUUGCAAAUUUGGUGUCAACUUUAGUCGAAUCCGGCGUAUCAUUCUCCGCAGUUCUUGAUGAUGCACUGUUUAAUAUCGUAAUUGGACAGACAAUUGUUUUCAACAAAGUGUUCCUUAACGAAGGAAACGCAUACAAUGCCCAAACUGGCGAGUUUACGGUACCCAUGGAUGGCGUUUAUCUCUUUUCUUACUUUGUAGCCGAAUGGAACAAAGAUGAGGUUGUUUUACGACUUUUAGUGAAUGGUGAAAAUAGAGUUGAUGCUGUCGCUGAAGGUUUGCAAGAUCGUCAUAAUGAUCAGGGAGGGAAUUUAGUGAUAUUGAGGCUGCAUGCGGGAGAUACAGUUUUGAUUCAGGCUUAUGAUAGUUCAAACGUCCAUAUUGACGGCGCUGCAAGUUACUGGUAUACGUCGUUUUCUGGUGUCCGAUUGUAUGCAUAGAGACUGGAAUAAUAUAAUAUAUUCAAGAUGUAUGUUUUGGACUGGAAUUGUUCGAUUGUCACUCUUCCGACUUGUACACAAUUGCAACUUUUCGGCCCUUUCCGUCAGUCUUCGGAUAAGGAUCUCGAGCACAAAAGUAUGAAUACACAGAACGGAUGCGGUUUCGGUCUAACCUACGCUAAGAAACUAAAAUGUAAACAGUAGUGAUUUAAUGCCGGGAGUUGUCGGCAAGUUUAUCACCAAUAAAUCAAGUAAAAGUCCAUUAUAAUAAGUGAAUUCAUACAUACAAAAACAAACAAUACAUUAUUAAAAUAUUUUCUAUCAUGAUUGAAGAAACCGAAAGUACAAAAUGCAAAUUUGUUGACAUUUAGUCGGAUUUGUUUAAAAUUGCACAGCGGCCAUAUUUAAUUUAAAUUGAAAAUGGUUGUCAGACAUAUUUUCAAUCAUAAUUGUAUCGAAACAGACUUUAUUUUCCUUUUUAUGUCAAAUAUAUACAUUCGUUUUA